CGAAAAAAAAGAAAAAAAAAAGCCUAACACCCCUUUCUUUUUCUUUAUACUUUUUUCUUGAAAAAAGUAGCACCUUUUUUGUUUGUCUGUUGAGACUAAUUAAAAAAGAGAAGAAAUGAUGAUGAGUUAGUUGUGUGUGAAUGGCUAUGGAGAAAGCAGAGAAAGAGUUGGAGAGAAGGACUAAUUUCUUGAACAGUUUGAUACUGAAAAAGAAAUCAGUUGAUGAGAAACAACAACAUGAGCAUUUGAAUGUUCGUGUGAGAGCUUCAGAUAUGUCAUUUUCACUACAAAAUCAUGCUUUUAAGUGUGCAAGAGACAAUCUUGAUGCUAUGGGUUGUGGGAAAAUUGACAGUAAACACCUUGCUUUGGCUCUCAAGAAGGAAUUUGACUCAACAUAUGGACCAGCUUGGCAUUGUAUUGUGGGAACUAGCUUUGGUUCAUAUGUCACACAUUCCAUAGGAGGUUUCUUGUACUUCUCAAUUGAUAAGGUUUAUGUUCUUCUAUUUAGGACUGCUGUUGAACCUUUAGAUCAUUGACAGUACAGUUCUUGAUUUCUACUCUGUAAUAUCUGAAAAGUUAAUUUAUGAGAGGUUUUAGUUUGUAUGUUGGAUUGUACAAUCACGAAAUGCUUUACUUGAAAAAACUGGAAAUGCACAUGUUAAAUGCAUUA